UUAAGAUUGAGACAAAAAAAAAAAAGAGUGAAGAAAACCCUAAGCGUAUUGUUCAGUGACACUGUGUAGGGGAUUUUCUCGUCGUUUCUGGAAUCGAAGAAGGCCGUUAGAUACUCUUCGCACUGAGAAAUCGAAAUCUAGGGUUUCUAGAGAUCUAAUUUUCAGAGAGCGAUGUCUGUUUCUGAUAAAGAGCUCGAGAAUCAGAUUCUCGAAGCAGGCGAAAAUCUUACUCAUCCGCCUUCUUCACUCGAUGAGCUUCUUUCUCUCCUCGACAAACUUUUCAUCUACCUCAUAGAUGUUGACCAGUCACCACACGAGUCAAUGCAAACCGCACUCUCUCCGUUAAUGAAGGCCUUAGUCGCUGGGAAGCUCUUCAACCACUCAGACGCCGAUGUGAGAGUCGCGGUCGCGGUUUGUAUCAGUGAGAUCACGAGAAUAACUGCUCCUGAAGCUCCUUAUGAUGAUGAUCAGAUGAAGGAAGUAUUUAAGUUGAUUGUAUCUUCGUUUGAGUAUUUGCCUGAUUAUUAUAGUCGGUCUUAUUCCAAAAGGAUCUCGAUUCUUGAAACUGUGGCUAAGGUGAGGUCAUGUGUUGUGAUGCUGGAUCUUGAGUGUGAUUCACUUAUUGUUGAGAUGUUUCAGAGUUUCCUCAAGGCUAUAAGGGACUUUCAUCCAGAGAACGUAAUUUCAUCUAUGGAGAAAAUUAUGACACUUGUUUUGGAGGAAAGCGAGGAGAUACCUCCAAAGAUGCUUUCACCCAUUCUACAUUAUGUUAGAGAGGAUGAUGAGGUUCCCGAAGUAGCACGGAGGUUGGCAGAACGAGUUCUCAGUAACUCUGCUGGCAAGCUCAAAAAGUAUCUGACUGAAGCAGUGAAACUGUCUGGUGUCUCUUUAGAUAAGUAUAGUAAGAUAGUGGCUUCGAUAUGUGAAGGGACAUUUAGUGCUUUGCAGGACGACCCACUUGUUGAGAAUGAAAAAGAAGAUAGUGAAGGUCAUUUAGAAAAGGAAGCAGAAGAUAAACAGGAAGUAAUUGCUACACCCGAGCGAAGUGAUGAACCUAAGGAUGAAUCUGGUAAGUCAGGAGUCAGCAACGGCGUUGCGCAGCAGAAUGAUUCUUGUGUUGAUACUGAGUCUGCAAAGAAGCAGGAUGACACGAAUGCUACAGAUGAGCCUCAAUAUCUUGAUAAUCCUAGCAACAUGGACUUGGAUAAUACUUCUGAAGAGAUGCCUGAUGUUGAACAUCAACCUCAGGAAAAGGAACCUAGUUCUGCCACACAGGUGGAUUCAUCAAAGAUUUCAGAUAGCAAGGAUGUGUUAAGUUUGCCUCCUGAUGAUUCAUCUGUUAAAGCAGCCAUUUCUUCUGAAAAUGAUAAGGAAACAAGUAUGCAGGCUCUGCCAUCUAAGACACCAGCUGAAGAAACUGUCAAUGUUAGUUCUCCGUCUAGGGCUGAAGAUCUUGUUGAGGAAAGCCGGCCUAAGAAGACUGAAAAUGAUAAGGAAACAAGUGUGCAGGCUUUGCCAUCUAAGGCAUCAGCUGAUGAAACGGCCAAUGUUAGUUCUCCAUUUAGAGCUAAAGAUCUUGCUGAGGAAAGCCGGCCUAAGAAGACUGAAAAUGAUAAGGAAACAAGUGUGCAGGCUUUGCCAUCUAAGACAUCAGUUGAUGAAACUGCCAAUGUUAGUUCUCCAUCUAGGGCCGAAGAUCCUGUUGAGGAAAGCCGGCCUAAGAAGACUGAAAAUGAUAAGGAAACAAGUGUGCAGGCUUUGCCAUCUAAGACAUCAGCUGAUGAAACUGCCAAUGUUAGUUCUCCAUCUAUGGCUGAAGCUCUUGUUGAGGAAAGCCAGCCUAAGAAGGAUGAAAAUGAUAAGGAAACAAGUGUGCAGGCUUUGGCAUCUAAGACAUCAGCUGAUGAAACUGCUAAUGUUAGUUAUCCAUCUAGGGCUGAAGAUUCUGUUGAGGAAAGCCAGCCUAAGAAGACUGAAAAUGAUAAGGAAACAAGUGUGCAGGCUUUGCCAUCUAAGACACCAGCUAAUGAAACUGCCAAUGUUAGUUCUCCAUCUAAGGCUGAAGAUCUUGUUGAGGAAAGCCGACCUAAGAAGUCUGCAAACCAGAAGAAAAAGAAGAGCUUGACGAAGGAGGCCAAACCAUCAGCUGCUAGUGCUACUGAAGAAGCUUCCGAAGAACCAAACACUUCUGAAGCUAAAGUUACAAAAAAGUCUGGAAAGAAGAUUGCUUCUUCAACUAAAACCAAGUCUACUCUUCCUCCGAAGAAAUGCACCUCUGAGACAAAAGCUGCAAAGCAGUCAGAGAAAAAGGUAGUUGAAAGUAAUAAUGUGCAAGAAUCCUCAAAGCCAAAAGAAGAAAAGAAAGAGCUAGGACGUGGGGAAGCCAUGGAUGAGGACUCAUUAGAUACUUCUUCAGGUGAUAGCGAAAAACCAGCUGUUUCCUCUCCAAAGUCAGCCUCGAAGUCAAAGAAAGAAGUGAAGCGACCAAUAGAAGAAAUUCCUGAUACAAACACAAAGAGAAAACGAAGCCCAGGCAAAGAGAAAGCAUCUGAUCUCCAAAGCCAUGGUGAAGAGUUAGUUGGGUCGAGGGUCAGAGUCUGGUGGCCUAUAGAUAAAGAGUAUUAUAAGGGUGUGGUUAAUUCAUAUGAUUCUGCUAAGAAGAAACAUCUGGUUAUCUAUGAUGAUGGAGAUCAAGAAAUCUUGAAUCUUAAGAAACAGACGUGGCAUUUUCUGGAUGAAUCAGAAACAGAGGGUGAAGAAGCUGAUGAUCAGACGGGUCAUGAGAAAGAAGCCUCCACAGAGCCCCAGAGAAAGAAAGCUAAGACUAGCAAGCAAUCAAAGAUGGAACCGUCAGCGAAAAAGGGUGGUAACAAGUCUAAAGCUGCUCCUGCUUCCAAGUCCGGCAAGAAGUCCAAGGAUGACAAAACAGAGAGCAAACCAAAGCCUCCAAAAGAGGCUAGCAGAGAAGAAGAAGAGGAUAGCUCUGAAGAGGAAACCCUCAAAACCGUUGGUAAAUCAGGAACCAGCAAGGUGAAGAAGAUAUCGAAAUCUGGCACAUCCAAAGGUUCCUCUAAGACUACUACAACUACUCCAAAAUCCAAGUCACGAGGACCUGCAAAAUCUUCAUUACCCAAGGGAAAGGCAGCAAAAGGCAGAGCAAACUCUACACCUUCCUUGAAGGACGAUGAGAGUGAUGCGGAGACAGAGUCUGAAGAGACACCAAAGGCACCAGAACCAGCAACAAAAGGGAAACCAGUGGGUUCAGGCAAGUCGCAGGCGAAGUCUGGUAAUAAGAGGAAGCGAUGAGUAAUGAUGGCCUCAGGAAUGACUUUCCAUCUUUUAUACUUAGAAUUGUGGUUUUGUAAUUUUAAGAUGGAAAGCAUAGUGGUAUUGGUGGGACUUGAUGUUCUGGGAAUUAGAAGUGUAGUCUUGUUUUUUAAGACAAGAAGUGUAGUAGUGAGUGGCUUUGGUUAAUUAUUGUGAUGUUUAUUCUUUGACCAUGUUUUCCUUGUCAUCUCUCCAUUGAGUAUUGGUUAGAGAAUAUUUGGGUAGGUGCAUUUUCUUGACUAUUAGCAGUAAGUUUACCUAAAACGUCAGUGACAUAUUUGGAUUUUAUUUAGGUGCUGAGCUAUGUAUUUACUCUAUUCAUAAUCAUUGUUUAGAACCAAAUUUUAUAUUUUAGUUUGCG